AUGGGUUUCUUGAGGGGAAUUUCUGCGGCGCUGGGGCUGGCUGCUGCGGUGUUUGCUGGUCCUCAUGAUCAGACGACUACGAAUGCGGAUGGGAUUAGGAGUAUUCCACUGCGAACGCAUACGCUCGAUUCGCCUUACCUAGAUUCUGAUAUGCAAAGUCGGUGGUUUGAUUUUGGGGGAAAUACUAUUGUUCGCGCAGACCAAUACAUUCGACUUACCUCGGAUCGUCCAUCACAAUCAGGAUGGAUAUUCUCAAGGGUGCCGCUUACUGCUACGAAUUGGGAGAUUGAAGUCGAGUUCAAAAUCCACGGCUCGAAUAACCUCCACGGCGACGGCUUCGCUAUGUGGCUCACGAAACAACGAGCGACCCAAGGUGAUGUCUUUGGCUCAGUUGACCGAUUCGACGGACUAGGAAUCUUCUUCGAUACCUACAAGAACAACCGACCAGGAACCGUGUUCCCAUAUGUUAUGGCUAUGGUUGGUGACGGAAACAAACCAUACGACAAGGCCAACGAUGGAAAGGACAAUGAGCUUCUAGGCUGCUCGGCACGUGGAAUUCGAAACGCAAAUAUCCCAACCAAGCUCCGCUUGACAUAUUUCCAGGACAAGAGCUUGAAGCUCAUGCUAUCAUACAAGGCUGAAGAUCAAUGGGAACUAUGCUGGGAGACCCUAGAACCACCUACCAUCCCCUCCGUCGCAUACCUUGGAUUCUCCGCCGAGACAGGAGAAUUGAGCGAUAACCACGAUAUCAUCAGUGUCCACACCAAGAACCUUUACGAUACCAAGAGCCGCGAGAGUAACACCAUCACGACCAAGGAAAAGGGAAGUAAGGGAAGUACCAAGAGCGAUUACAAGCAGAAGGAAAGCACGGGUGGAAGCUGGACGUGGUUUUUCUUCAAGGUUAUUGUGUUCGUUGGGCUUUGUGGGGGUGGAUAUGUGGGUUAUACUGCUUGGAGAACGCAGCAGAGGAGGAGUCAUCGGUUUUAG